UACACGUACUUUUUUGUCGUUCACGACGAGAUGGGUCGACGCAAGAGCAAACGAAAACCACCUAUUAAAAGGAAGGCUAUUCAACCACUGGACACACAAUUCAAUUGUCCAUUUUGUAAUCAUGAAAAGUCAUGUGACGUUAAAAUGGACAAGUCGAGAAACACAGCCAAGAUAACAUGUAGAGUAUGUUUGGAGGACUUUCAGACAACGGUGAACCUGCUCUCAGAACCUUUAGAUGUAUACAAUGAUUGGAUUGAUGCUUGUGAGAGUGCUAAUUGAGAAACUAUCAAUUAUACUGUCUAAUAAGAUAUAAAAAAUAAGAUUUCUGUACAUCUACAUAACAAUAUACACAAAAAAUCAUAUAUAUUAACUUUAA